AUGCCACACGUUCGACCCGGCUCUUCCUCCAGCUUCAUCUCCUCACGCGCCAACCAGCUGUUAAGCAAAUUACACCAUCAUCUCGGCUCUGGGACACUACGGCCGGAGCUUGCGCAUCAAUUGUUCGACAAUUUGCUGGAACAACGCGUCCCAGUAUCUGCCUGCGCACUCAAUGGCUUAUUUGCCGCACUCGCGUGUGCCCCGCCAUCCGCCGCCUGCAUUGAUGGCCCUGCCCUCGCCAUCGCUCUCUUCAAACGCAUGGCACGAGCAGGAUGCCGCCAGGUGAUGGCACCCACCAAUCACACCUAUAGCAUACUAAUUGAGUGCUGCCAUAGCCUGCGCCGCUCAGACCUAGGGCCUACCUUCUUCGGCCUCCUUCUCAAGACAGGCAUCACCGCAAACGUCGUCACCUUCAACAGCUUAUUGAAGUGCCUCUGUGACAUGAAGCAAACAGAUGAGGCCCUAGGCGUGCUGCUCCACAGGAUGCCCGGUGACAUGCCUGAUGUCAUCUCCUACUCAGUAAUUAUCAAGAGCUUCUGUGACAACAGGAGGAGCCAACUUGCACUUGACCUGCUCCGGAUGGUGACCAAAAAGGGAUAUGACCACUCCCCCAAUGUGGUUUCAUACACAAUAAUCAUUGAUGGAUUAAUUAAGGAGGGUGAACUAAGCAAAGCAUGCGCUCUAUUCCAUGAAAUGAUGCAGCAGGGGGUCGUGCCUAAUGUGGUGACUUAUAACUCCAUUAUCGAUGGGUUGUGCAAAGGAAGAGCAUUGGAUGAGGCAGAGGUGGUCCUUCGACAAAUGGUUGAUAGCGGUGUUCGACCGGAUGUUGUGACAUACAAUAGCCUGAUCCAUGGAUAUUCCACUUCAGGCCAGUUUGAAGAGGUAGUUAGGUUAUUGGAAGAAAUGAGAGGUCAAGGUGUCAGACCAAAUGUUUUUACUUGCAACACAGUCAUGGCCUACCUUUGCAAGCAUGGAAGAACGAAAGAAGCUGCAGAACUUUUUUAUUCCAUGGCUGAGAAGGGCCAUAAACCUAAUAUGGUCUCAUACUCUAUUAUGCUUCAUGGGUACGCUAUAGAAGGAUCCCUUGCUGAAAUGACUGAUCUUUGUGAGCUGAUGGCAAGAGACGGUAUUGCACCCGAUCUCCAUUGUUUCAGCAUAUUGAUUAGUGCAUAUGCUAAGUGUGGAAUGAUGGAUGUGGCUAUACUUUUCUUCAAAGACAUGUUGAAGCAGGGAGUGAACCCUGAUGAGGUCACAUAUUUAGCUGUGAUAGCCGGGUAUUGCAGAGUGGGGAUGAUGGAUGAUGCUAUGGAAAAAUUCAAUGAGAUGAUUGAUAUGGGAGUACCACAUAACGCAACUGUUUACAGGUGCAUGAUUCAGGGUUACUUAAAUCAUGGUGAUUUCUUGAAAGCAAGGGAAUUGAUUACUGAAAUGAAGACCAAGGGUAUCCAUCCUAGACCGCGGAAAAGCCAAGGAAUUGAUCCAGGGUACCUCAUGACGCAACUGUUUACAGGUGCAUGA